UAUGUGUUAUCAACGAUCCACCAAAUUGAGUACCAUGGAUUAUCUGUAAUCAAAUAAACAGCAUCCAAUCUGGGAUAAAGUGCACUCAAGUUGGUCAUUUUCUUAAUUGCUGUGAAAUUUGCUUGUGUUCAGUAAUUUUCUAAUCCCACCUACAUAAAUCGCAGGCCUAUUUACAAUCUAUAUUUAGAACAAGGAAGUGUAUCUUUUCAGCUAUUGGUUAGUACGGAAAAUGAAUCGAUAUUUACAUAGCUAGUAUUAGAAUGGGUCUUUGAUGAUAUGCCAUGUGUAUUCUUUCAGAAGGGGGGCUCGUUAUCUCACAGUAAACGUACUUUUUUUUAAAGAAUCCAAAAGAAGACAUGUCUAAAGUGCAAGUAAGGAAGUAAUAAGAGGAAUUCUACAAGAUAAGGAAGUUUUGAUAUGAUCUAGCUCGGAACAGGUGACCGGAAGCUUUACCGUUUCUUUUCAAUGUUGCAGAGCUGCUUGACAGAUCUCUUGACUACUCUCCGGGAUAACGUCAUGUUCAAAUCUUUUGAGAUUCUUGCUGUCUCCCUUACUGUUAACUGUUGUAUAUUAUGUUACUGUCUUUUCACGAGAAUUCAAAGAAGAUUGUCUUCAAAAUGUUGCUGCGAAAAAUGUGGAACAAUAGUUGCAGUGUGCCAGACGUAUAAUUCAAAACCCCAUUACCUUCCAAAAGUAUUGACGGAGCAGUUAUUUAUGUGGAUUGUCGUCAUCCUUAGCUUUGGGGCUCUUUGCGGAUCAGAUGUGAUACGAUACCCAUUUAGUAAAAAUCCUAGUUCAACAGUCAACGACUUAGUGGGCAUUCUUUUAGCAAUAAAUAUAGGACGAUAUAUCUACCUCAUUUCGGUAAAUAUAUACCUGUACGGAGAAAGUGAGCCUUCCCGGAUAAAAACGGAUACAAUGCAUCACGUGGUCACUGUCGUUUGUUAUUCUGUAUUCUUAGCAUACCACCAGAAUUUACUACUGUCAUUGGUAGGGAUGACGAUGGAGACCAAUUCGACGGUUAUUGAACUUUCAAAAAUACUUAAAGAAUUGGGCAAGAAUAGGACAAAACUGUACUCUAAGUUGUCUUUCUUGAAUUGUGCUUUGACUUUAGUGUUCCGUGGUAUCGUACCUGUCGUGUUCUUGGUUAUUGCAAUGUUUCAUGAGACUCCUUUUGUGAUGCACUACACUACUUUAACGGUAUUUUUUCUGAGUAUUAUUUUUUUCUCUGUGAUAAAUGUGUGGUUGAUUUUAGCAACUAUUCAAAGACUGGUUAGAUCUUUCUGCAAAACAACAAAUGAGUUUGAAAACACGGAAAAUGUGCAUGGCAUCCAAAGAGUAUGUCAAUCACACCUGACAACUAGAAAUAAUCUCGGGUACCUCCGUCGCUAUGACAACAAGAAUUUGUGUACCGUUGAUGAUGAGAAACUCAACACAAACAGAAAAGAGAUGACAAAAGAAAACAUCCCACAUUUAAAUUUUCUUCGUAACGGCAUGCAUGAGUUUAUUCCUCAACAAACAAUUCAGUCAGAUUCUGAAAACUAUGUUGCAUCCUCAAAUGUAACUUUACGAACGGUAGACAGUAUACCUUUGCAGGAGAUCGUGGUAGAGAGGUCGGUGGGCAAUAACAUGAGGGAUAGUAAUAGUUCCGAAACAUCAGCGGUGGCUCUUAUUGGAGAUACUGGAGAACAAGGCCAUGUACAGAGAACGACUCCAUGAUACCGUAACUUACAUGAACAAGAUGGAAAAACAAAGAAGGAGACAGUCCGUCCAAAUAUACUUAAAGCGAUUGUAAACGGCAGAGUAUCUAUGUCUGUGUGACCCGUUUGCCGUCUGAAGUGUGUU